AUGGACUCCAAUUCCACGAUUCGACAAGAAGACACCAACAACAAUACAAACACACCCAACACAGCCACACCAACCAGCAAUCAGGAAUCAACACCCGAUGCCAACACCAACACCACCAACACCACUCCACAAGAUAAUACAAAAAAGAAGAAGACGGGUCCAAAAAGACGCAAGGUCACCCACGCCUGUGUUUACUGCCGUCGUUCGCACAUGACCUGUGAUGAGGGGCGACCUUGUCAACGUUGUAUCAAACGAAGCAUUGGACACUUGUGCCAUGAUGAGCCCAAGCAUUCGAAUAGUUCGGCUCAAAACAACAAUGCCAACAAGAAUCGUGCUGUACCAACCACCACGGCAGGACCUGGCUAUAUGCCGCUCAAUAGUCUAGGCAAUGGUCUUGGAGGCAAUAGCAACCUUGGUGGAUUACCGAUCCAAUUUUUUGGACAAAUGGGAACGGGACAACUUACUUUUGCAAGUGAGCAUAUGGGCAAUGAGAUUUCAGUCAUUAGCAAUUUCUUGGAUUCAUUGGAUGGUGAUGUGCAGGCCAUGUAUGGUAAUAACAACAACAAUGGAAACAACACCAACAACACCAACAACCCACAAUCCGCUGUGACCACACCUACCGUCAAUACCACCGAAAAGUUCUUUUUGACAGCAGCAGAUCCCUCGGACGGCAAGCUGGAGGAUCGAUUGACCGAAGUGAUCAAUGCCAAAUACGAAGCCGGUUUCUUGAAGCCUUACAAUUAUGUGAAUGGUUAUGCCCGACUACAAAAGUAUAUGGAUAACAACAUGUCUGCAUCAAGUCGUCAAAGGAUUUUGAAUGUCAUGGGCACUUUUCGUCCCGCUUUUCGAUCGGUUGCUCAAUCAUUGACGGAUAUUGACUUGAUUUUGGUGGAGGAAGCCUUUGAACGGCUAUUACUGGAUUACGACCGUGUCUUUAGUUCAAUGGGUAUUCCUGCAUGUUUAUGGCGUCGAACGGGUGAAAUCUACAAGGGCAACAAGGAAUUUGCAUCACUGGUCAAUGUACCCAUAGAGAAUUUAAGAGAGGGUCGUUUAUGCAUAUACGAGCUUAUGGCCGAGGAAUCAGCUGUCAACUAUUGGGAGAAAUAUGGCAACAUCGCAUUUGAUCCUGGUCAGAAGGCUGUUUUGACAUCAUGCUUGCUAAAGAACCCCGAUCCUGAUAAUACCAGUGUUAUCUCAUGCUGCUUUUCAUUCACCAUACGGAGAGAUAAAUACAAUAUUCCUACUGUCAUUGUAGGGAACUUUUUACCUGUGCGCUUACAAUAA